UGUCAACCUAAAUCACUUCUAAGUUCCAAGUUGCAAUUUGAUAAAAACUAUUAUACAUAAUUAUAAUACUGAAUUUGUAAAGCUAAACAAUUAUUUUAAUUAAAUUUUUGGUUUGAUAUCUAAAGAAUGUUUUUUCGUUAAUAUUACGAUUGCAGGUGCAACGACUAGUCUUAUCUAGGUUCUCAGAGCACGCUACUAAAAUGCAUCAUUCUGUACGUACUAUUAAAGGAAUUAUUUAAGAAACCACUUAGUUGACGUUACUACGUAAAAGUUUUGGAUUUCUUUUAGUUGAUACCUCCUGCAGCAACAUGGACGAUUCAAGUAAAUUUCAACAGAUGCAAGAUGAAAUGUCGAGAUUUGAGGCGGAGAUAUCGGGGUCGGACAUGGUUAUGAGGCCGGUGAUUGGUGCUGGUACUUUUGGCGCUGUACAACAACAGCUCGAGCGUGCGGUGCCUCCGCCGCCGCCGCCGCCGACAUUACUGUCACAGUUUGACCCAUCGGUUAUGGGAGCUCGUUUAAUGUAUCCCAAUGUACCACCUCCACCACCACCACCGUCUAUGAUGGUGCCGGCUUCUGUACAAAGACUCCGACCAUCAGGAUCAACAGAUCCAUACCCUGGUCCCUUGCCAUUCCUCAGGCCAGGAUUACCAGGUCCCCAGCUGAUCCCACCUCCACCUCCUAAACCUCAACCUGUGGUCCUGUCAGCUGCGCCCAAACUUUAUAAACCAAAGCCUAAAGAUGAUGAACUGAAAAAGGAAAAACAUGAGAGUAAAAAACGGAAGCGCGAGCGCGUCCCGUCGCCAUCGCCGGUGCGGAGCGCGGCGCCCGUCACGCCGCCCGCGCCGCCCCCGCCCGCGCCCCUCGAAGUCGCCGCGCCCAAAGGGAAGAAGGAGAAGAAGCAUCGGAAGGUUGUGAGGACAGCUGGUGGACAAGUUUGGGAAGAUGUGACUUUACUGGAUUGGCCUGACGAUGACUUCCGUAUGUUCUGUGGUGAUCUUGGAAAUGAUGUGACUGAUGAACUUUUGACACGAACAUUUGGUAAAUACACCUCGUUCCAAAGAGCUAAGGUUAUUCGAGACAAACGAACAAAUAAAAGCAAGGGGUUUGGUUUCGUCAGCUUUAAGGAUCCGGGUGACUUCAUCAAGGCUAUGAAAGAAAUGGACGGUCGCUACGUAGGCAGUCGGCCGAUCAAGUUAAGAAAAAGUACGUGGAAGAACCGAGCUCUGGACGUCGUGCGAAAGAAAGAAAAGGAGAAAGCGGCCCUUCUCGCUCUCCUCAUGUCUGGAAAUAAGAGCUGACAGAGUUAAUGUGACAUUGACAUUUAAACUGUCAAACAAAAUGCAAUGCUUUAGUUUUAACUUUAUUUAGCGUGAAGUAUAAAUAAUAACUAUU